GCCCUUUAUCUUUUUGCACUGGCUGCAGAUUAGUGUGCAAACUCUUACCGGCACUGGAGGGGCUGUUAUUGGAGGAUUAGACUGCGUUGUGUGCGUGGGGACUGGACCAGGAGAGCAGGCCCACAGCAAACGCGCAUGAUGCUGCAGGGACACUAGGGUCCCUGUUUGAGCACCUUGUGUGUGGCGCUUGUUUUUCUUUUUUUUCUUUCUGCAGUCUCAUCAGUUUGGAUGGUCGAGCACAAGGGCUACUUUGAAGGAGCUCACCGGUGGCUGUGGUUUGGCCAAAGCUGACAGACCGCUUGCCAGCUAUUGCUGAUUUAGUACCCUUGUCCACCGCUGCCACUGCUGUAGCCCUCUUCGCUGUGGUCUCCAGUAUGGUGAGUGGAGGCUGGAGGCAUCGCAGGAGUGGAACUGAACCAUUAAUACUUGUGUAGCUGGUUACUUUCCAUCAUUUUUUCCCCCUGCACUGUGAAGGAUUGCAUUUCGGUUUCAAAGAGUGGUGUUUUUUUUUUUUCGUUUUUUUUUAUACUCCCUCUGUUCUGGAAAAACCACCACAGUCAAGGUCAUUUUUAAAAUUCAAACCCCGGAUAGAAGACUGCUCCAGAGGAGGAUGAAGCUGAGGAAACAGGUGACAGUGUGUGGAGGGGCCAUAUUCUGUGUGGCUGUGUUUUCACUGUAUCUGAUGUUGGAUCGAGUCCAACAUGACCCUGCGAGGCGACAGAGUGGCGGGAACUUUCCAAGGAGCCAAAUCUCAGUUCUGCAGAACCGGAUAGAGCAGCUGGAGCAGCUCCUGGAAGAAAACCACCAAAUCAUCAGCCACAUAAAGGACUCUGUGAUGGAGCUCACAGACACAGGAGCUGUGUCUCCCAGUGGCCACCUGCCAUUCAGAAGCGCCAAUGGUUCCUGGGUCCUACCCUUUGACGGCCGCCCCACUUUCCUUGCUGUCAAGCCCCAGGAUUGCCAAUUUGCUGCAGGCAGCCGUGGUCAAGCAGAUGUUCAGAUGCUGGAUGUGUACUCCCUCCUCAAGUUUGACAACCCUGAUGGCGGCGUAUGGAAACAGGGCUUUGACGUUACUUACGAGCCAGAAGAGUGGGACAAUGAACCGCUGCAAGUGUUUGUGGUCCCCCACUCCCACAAUGAUCCAGGUUGGAUCAAGACUUUUGACAAGUACUUCACAGACCAGACGCAGCAUAUUUUAAACAACAUGGUGGUGAAGCUGGCCGAGGAUCCUCGCAGGAAGUUCAUCUGGUCUGAGAUUUCAUUCUUUUCCAAGUGGUGGGAGACUGCAGACAUACACAAGCAAGAGGCGAUGCGCAAACUGAUCCUUGGUGGGCAGCUAGAGAUUGUGACAGGAGGCUGGGUGAUGACAGAUGAAGCCAACGUUCACUACUUUGCCAUGAUAGACCAGCUCAUUGAAGGACAUCAGUGGCUGGAGAGAAAUCUAGGUAUAACUCCUCGCAGUGGGUGGGCGGUAGACCCUUUUGGUCACAGUGCCACAAUGCCUUAUCUGCUGAAAAGAGCCAACCUGACCAGCAUGCUCAUCCAGAGGGUCCACUACUCCAUCAAAAAACACUUUGCCUCCACCCGCAGCCUGGAGUUUAUGUGGAGGCAGUCCUGGGACACGGGAUCGAGCACAGACAUCUUUUGCCACAUGAUGCCAUUCUACAGCUACGAUGUGCCUCACACCUGCGGGCCCGACCCGAAGAUCUGCUGCCAGUUCGAUUUCAAGAGGUUACCGGGUGGUCGGAUAAACUGUCCCUGGAAAGUGCCACCAAAAACAGUGGUAGAGGCCAAUGUAGCAGAAAGGGCACACCUGCUCCUGGAUCAGUACCGGAAAAAGUCCAAACUCUACCGCAGCAAGGUACUUCUUGUUCCCCUGGGAGAUGACUUCCGCUACGACAAGGCCCUGGAGUGGGAUCAGCAGUACAUCAACUACCAGAAGCUAUUUGACUACAUGAAUUCUCACCCAGAGAUGCACGUACAAGCUCAGUUUGGGACUCUCUCAGACUACUUCAACGCUGUAUACAAAGCGCACGGAACGGCCCAGGGAUCAAGACCCGCAGACUACCCAGUGCUUAGUGGAGAUUUCUUUGCCUAUGCGGACCGGGAAGACCACUACUGGACUGGCUAUUUCACCUCUCGGCCGUUUUACAAGAGCCUGGACCGUGUGAUAGAGUCGCACCUCAGGGGCGCAGAGAUCCUCUACAGCCUGGCGGUUGCGAAUGCACGGCAUGCUGGCAUGGAAGGGCGCUACCCGGUCUCAGAUUAUGCCCUGCUAGUGGAUGCAAGGCGGUCCGUCGCCCUCUUUCAACAUCAUGAUGCCAUCACUGGUACUGCAAAGGAGAACGUUGUCAUUGACUACGGCACCAAAUUACUGCGUUCACUUAUCGGUCUGAAGAGAGUAAUCAUCAAUGCCGCUCAUUUCCUGGUGAUGAAGAACAAAGAGUUUUAUCGCUUUUACCAAACAGAGCCCUUCUUGGAGACAGAUGACAGACGGGCUACUCAAGACUCUCUGCCUCAGCGCACUUUAAUCGAGCUGGACCCAGCAGGGCCGAGGUACCUGGUUCUGUUCAACCCCGUCGAGCAGGAGCGGCUGUGUGCGGUGACUGUGUUGGUCAACACGGUCAGGGUGCGGGUGCUUACUGAGGAUGGGCAGAGCCUCCCUGUGCAGCUGAGUGCUCAGUGGAGCUCAGCUAGUCAAAUGAGUGCAGAGGUAUUUGAGGCAACAUUCAUGGUUCGUCUGCCACCGAUGGGUCUAGCCGUGUUCCAUCUCUAUGACUCUCCUGAUUCGCCCAUGACGCUACGCUCCGACACCCUUCUCAGGGUUUCCGGUCGGGACGUCACAGCUCGGGCCGCGGACCCACUUCCUGUCCGCUCGCAGCAGUCCGACCCUCAAACAUUCUACAUCAGCAGUCAGUCUCUCACACUGGGCUUCUCUGGAACCACCGGCCUGCUGGAGAGUAUCAAACGGAAAGAUGAUCCUCAAGAAGUGAAGGUUCAGAUGCAGUUCAUGGUCUACGGCACUCGUCCCUCUAAAGACAAAAGUGGGGCUUACCUCUUCCUGCCUGAUGGAAAAGCGAAGCCCUACAACCAGAAAGAGCCCCCCGUGGUGCGCGUCGUGGAGGGGCCUCUCUUCUCUGAGGUGGUGGCACACUACCAGCAUUUCCAGCAAACCAUUCGCAUACACAACGUGCCAGGCGUGGAUGGGUUGUCUAUAGACAUCACCACCAUGGUGGACAUCAGAGAUCAGACCAAUAAGGAGCUGGCAAUGCGACUGGUCACUGACAUCCAGAGUGGAGACGUCUUCUACACGGAUCUCAAUGGCUUCCAGAUGCAGCCCCGUCGCCACUACCUAAAGCUCCCCCUGCAGGCCAACUUCUAUCCCAUGCCCAGCCAGGUGUACAUCCAGGACAGCCAUCACCGCCUCACGCUGCACACAGCUCAGUCUCUGGGUGUCACCAGCCUGGAGAGUGGCCAGCUUGAAGUCAUUAUGGACCGACGGCUGAUGCAGGAUGAUAAUCGUGGGCUGGGUCAGGGCCUGAAGGACAACAAGAAGACGGCCAACCGCUUCCGACUGCUGCUGGAGACGAGAUCCACUGGCAACAAGAUGAUGGACAGUGCAACAAAUAGCUUCCCGUCUAUACUCAGCCACAUGACCAACGCCUUCCUGAACCACGAGGUCUUGGCGCUGCCCGUCCUACCCAAAAGACGUGGCAUCCCUCCUCUGCAAACCUUCGCCCCUCUCAAGUCCAUCCUGCCCUGCGACUUCCACCUGCUCAACCUGCGCAGCAUCCAGAGCCAGCAGGACCCCCACUCCCCGUCGCCAUACACAGCCUUGAUUCUUCACCGUCUGGUGCUGGACUGUGGCCUGGAGGCUCAGAACCUGGGCUUCAAUUGCACCACAACACAGGGACAGCUGAAUGUAUCAGGACUGUUCAAGAACCUGGACCUGCAGCUGCUCCAGCCCAUGUCCCUGACCCUGAUGCACUCCAGCACUCCUCUGGCCAAUGACUCCUCCAUCAGCCUGGAUCCCAUGGAGAUCUCCGCCUUCAAGCUCAAACUGCGCUAAGAGCCGUCCGGACUUAAAAAAAGGCAAUACAAACUGACCAGACUUCUUGGACCCAAGCACCAGGCCCACGCCGGCCACAGACUGGCAACAGAGGGGUCUGAGUCUCUCUGUCUUGUCAAGCAGAACCACAAACACUAUAGCUCGGAGAGAAAAAGGUCCACUGUAACAGGACUGACUGCACAGCAGGGGGCAGACGAUAGCUGUUACCGUGGACGUCUCCGAGAGCAGCAAAACCCAGGUGACCUCGCAGCUGUUCCAAAACAAGAAAGACUGCCAGAACUGCUCAUCAGAUACAACCGGGUGUCUGUUUGGCCCUGUAAUCGAAAAAUGAAAUCUCAUUUAGUUCUGCUUUGUAAGAACGUGUGUCUUUUUUCUAUCUUUGCUCCAUCCUGGACUGAACUACUGAAUGUAAAUAUCCCAAAUGACUGAGGGGGCCUGGGACUCGUGCCACAUCAGAGUGCAAUUUACAAAGCUUUAUUUGGUGUAUGGGUUUUUUUUUUUUUUUUUUAAAUGUACGCAGUGAAGAAGACACUCAUCACAGCGAUUUUUGUUUUUGUACCUUUUCACUGUAACAUUGACUGCAGUUAAUUACAAUAUUUUUUUUUCCGACAGACUCGAAUGCAGCAAAGAGAAUGUGUGGUCUCUCUAUCACAAGGAGACCCAAGCUGCAGCUCUUUUUAAAGCUUCUGUAUGUCUGAGUCUAAGAGUCCCCACGUCGGUCACUACGCGAUAACAAUGUGAUCGUUAAUCAUAUCAGAUGACCGUUUACCUUCUGUUCACCGUUUUUGCUUGUAGAUAGUCCGCAGACUUUCUCUCCUUCACGUCUUUCUCCCCUCCCCGAGCUUCCUCUUUGCUGAUGAGAAAACUGUGGAGCGUCUGUGCAUUUGAGAGCCCCUGUCCGUCAUUCCUCUUCUUGUACUUCGCUGCUGAGAGGUUGGUUUUAUUUACCAUGCUGUGUGCGGUCGAAGACAAAGACUAUACCUCAUAUAUACCAUAUGGCAGAAUUAUCAGUAUGCGUGUGUGUCUGUAGAGGAUGUCGAUGUGAGAGUUUAUUUUGGGGGCGGGGCGGGGGUUUAUUGGAGUUACAGUGUGCACUAUCAGGGACCGUUCAUAGUACUGUUAGGUAUCAUCGAUCCGUUCGGGGGUGUCGAGCAGUGGGUCACAUCGCUGCAGGACAAAGAGAGCUCGCCAUUGAAGAUCAGAACGUAACUUAAAGGAGGAGUUCACCUGAGUUACAACAAUAGGCACAUUCACUCCAGUGGAAUCUGGCUCUGCAGAUAGUUUUGGUUUUGAGAUGUCAAACUAGAGCUCCUACAAAUGAUUGUUUUAAUUACUAAUUAACAUUCUAUAAAAUAUCAGAAAACUUAAAAAAAAAUAAAAAUAAAUGCUCUUUACAAUUACCUAGAUCCCAAGGUUACAUCUUUUUAAAUCACUUCUUUUGUACAAACAGUGAUCAGAAACUCAGAGAUAUUAAAGAUUUUUCCAUUUUUUUAAACUUAAAAAGUAGC